CUGCCAGUGCGAAUACGUCUGUGCAGUGUGAAUAUUUCGGUUGUCAGUUGCGGUUUUAAAAAAUUUCUUUGAUAUACAUGCAUACAAAAAAGUGUUGGUGACAAGAGUCAGUGAAGUGCCCAGUCAGUCUUCGCCUGAAAAUUAGGACAAUACCGCAGAACCAAUCCCUGAUGAUGGUAUAGAAUGUUUACCUCCCAGUCAGAAUGAGGUCCAAGCAGCAGUAACCCGACUAAAGAAUAACAAGGUAGCAGAAGCCGACGGGUUACCCGCUGAACUAUUUAAGACCGGAGGCGACACACUGAUAAGGCGUAUGCAUCAGCUUAUCUGCGCAAUCUGGCUAGAAGAACGCAUACCCGAUGAUUGGAACCUCAGCAUACCAUGUCCCGUACACAAGAAAGGAGACAAGACGGAAUGUGCCAACUACAGAGGAAUAAGUCUCCUCCCCAUCGCAUAAAAGAUACUCUCGAGCGUACUGUGUGAAAGAUUAAAACCUAAAGUUAAAGAGAUAAUUGGGCCCUAUCAAUGCGGCUUUAGACCUGGUAAAUCCACCCUAGAACAGAUAUUCACACUGCGCCAAAUCCUGGAAAAGACCCGAGAAGGACAAAUUAACACCAAUCAUCUCUUUGUUGACUACAAAGCCGCCUUCGAUACUUCUUUACAUUCAAAGGUAUUUCAAGCCAUGUCUGAGUUUGGUAUCCCUGCAAAAUGAAUAAGACUCUGUAGGAUGACACUUGCUGAUACGCGUUCCUCAGUAAGAAUAGGAAAGAAUCUCUCCGAGUCAUUUUAUACCAAACGAGGUUUCAGACAAGGAGGCAGCCUAUCGUAUGAUCUCUUUAAUAUCCUGGAGAAGAUUAUACGAGAUGCAGAUGUGAAUAGAUAUGGUACACUAAUCACAAGAGAGCACGUGCUACACGCCUAUGCCGACGAUAUCGAUAUAAUAGGUCGGUCACCGGAAGUAGUAACUGCAGCCUUUGAAAGAAUCGAAAGAGAGUCAGUGAAAAUGGGUCUGGCAGUAAAUGGAGAUAAGACGAAAUGCAUGGUUUCAACCCCCAAAAAAGCCUUGCACAACCGAGCAGAUAAAAAGAAUGGAGAAAGUUGGGAACCACAACUUUGAGACAGUCAGUAACUUUAUCUACCUCGUCACCGCCGUAACCGAAACGAAUGACACCAGUUUUGAGAUAAAGCGAAGAAUAAUACUGGCAAACAGAUGCUACUUUGGACUAAGUAGCAGUUUAGAAACAAGGCCACCUCUCAACAGACGAAGACUACACUUUACAAGACACUGAUACUACCCGUGCUGUUAUAUGGUUCUGAAGCAUGGAUACUUGUGAAAGCAGAUGAGGCAGUGCUUGGAGUAUUUGAGAGAAAGAUUCUUCGUAUGACCCACGCGCUGUAUGACGGCGAUAGCAUAGUUACACUCAUCAAAAUACAACGGCUGCGUUGGCUAGGUCAUGUUGUCAGAAUGGAUGAAAAAGCUCUAGCAAAGAAGUCUUUUGAAGGCAAACACGGUGGAACACGCAAACCGGGAAGACCAAAAGCGCGAUGGAAAGAUCAAGUUGUGGGAGACUCCUCGAAACUUGGUGUCAGAGAUUUUAGAAUGAGCGCAGAAGAUCGAGGCGCUUGGAACGCAAUUCUACGUUCGGCUAGUGGAACAAAUAUUCUGUCGUAGCCAAUUAAAGUAAAUUUGUUUUUCGACGAUAAGUUUCUUGAGUCACUACUAUGGCAAGGAAAAACAUCUCCAUCCGAUUUGAACCAUACUUCAAGAGAGAAAAUUUGGGGACAGAUGAUUCCGAAUAUGAAUCUACAUUAAAUCAAUCGCAUUCAGAUCAUGGAAGAAUAACAGAAGAAAGCUUAUGCACACGUGUUCCUCCGGCAUAUGUUACCCAAAUUAAAAGUUUAAUUGAAACACCCAUUUUGCAAUUCAAGCGGCAACGAAUCAUCCCGGACGAUGAUAUUUCAGCAUCCAGUUGUUUUGAGGAAGGUGAACGUGCUGUGGAUAUUGCUUUGGGUGCCGAUCAUACACGUUGGACGAAUAACACAAGGUAUAAAACAUCGAAGACUCGAUUAAUAUCUAAAAAAUCCAGUACAAUUGGCCAGAAUGCGGUCGAUAUGAAUGAUUGCUUAGAAUCAGGGUUAUCUCCAUGGCCCGAAUUUCCUAACCAAUGGCCAGCGUCGGUAAUGGAAACUACUUCAGCUAUGACAUUAUAUCCAUAUUAUAACAGCAAAUUUACAACGUCAAGAAAGGAAGAUCAGAGAUUUCGCAGUCACUAUUCAGAGAUUCCACGUGAAUAUUCUACAGAAAUUAACCCCGCUAAUAUUUACAAUAGUCUAUAUAAUAAUUUUGAAAUGCCAAUUUGCAAACAAUCUGUCACAAAGAACACUGAAGUGUCUCUUCCAGAUGGAGUAGCACCAAUGCCACUUUUAGCUGGAAAACCAUUUCAAUGCAAUGGGAUCCUGGAAGAAGAUAUUCGGCGUGAAUUGGACCCUCAUGUUGCCCAAAUGCUUGCCAAUCGACCCCAUCGCAAACGCGUCAACAGCGAAUAUCUCAUUAAGGGUCAAAGGUACGGUGUCCAUAUCAAGCGAAGCGGGAACAUACUAGUAAUAAUUAAAUCAAUGUGUUCGCCUUCCGAAAAUAGAUCGAAAACAGACCACAAAUUAUAUGAUAAUUCAAAAACAAGACCUACAUUAUCCCUACGCAAGCAACCAUCUAAUUCGGUUAUUCAGCGUUUGGCCGGAAAACCAUUUAUCUGUAAUUGUAUAUUGAAAGAUGAGGUAUUACGUGCAUUGGAUCCACAUGUAGCCAAUAUACUGGCAACACGAUCCUAUCGGAAACGUGUUCAUAAAGUGUUCGAAAUUAAAGGUCGGAAGUACAGGGUACUCGUUACACGGGGUGGAGAUUUGAUAGUUAAACUACUGACCGGCAAAAUAGAUGAGCAAAUUGAAAAAUCAUCAAAGUCACUGAAAUCAUCAAAUGAAAAAACUUCAUUGAACCCAGCUAAGUUGGUCGAGUUUGGUGCCCUGUCUGAUGUAUCAUCAGAUGAAAUAGAGCCAAUAGUAGGGAAACAGUUAAAAUCGAAAGAAUUUAGUCGUGGCUUAGAUCAACAUGUUGCUGCGGAUCAACUACGUGAUGUCGAGAAAAGUAUAUCAGAAACUGCAACUUCGAAUCCUAGGCAGCGUUUGGCAGGCAAACCAUUUACAUGCAAAGAAGUACUUGAAGAGGAAGUUCUACGUGAACUGGAUCAACAUAUUGUUCAAAUAUUGGCCACUAGAACAUAUCAUAAACGUGUCAACAAAAAGGUUGAAAUUAAAGGUAAAAAAUAUGGUAUACAUGUAAAACGGUGCGGAGACUUGAUAAUCAAAUUAUUUGAUUCGACAAAACCGGCUAAGUCUGCAGAGUUUGAUGAACUAUCCGAUGUAUCAUCGGAUGAAUCAGAAGAUGUAAUUAAGAACAGCCCACCGCUUAAACCCAAUCAGGUAUCCACCAAGAAUUCUUUUGAAGCCACAGAUAUUGUGAAAGAAGUUGGGCAUGAUAUGGAGCUAGAUAAUGCAAUCUCCACUGCGAAUACUAUUGAAACAAGGAUACUAGAAAAAACACCUUCACCAUCAAUACAACGUGCAACGGGCAAUCCAUUUGCAUGCAAAAAAGUCAUAGAAAAGGAGGAUUUACGUGAAUUUGAACGACAAGUAGUUCAAAUUCUGCCCACUAAAACUUAUUGUAAACUGGAUGCAUCAUCGGAUAAAUUAGAAGGAGAAUUUAAGAAAAACCCAUAUGACAAGCCUAAUCAGGUUUCAACCGAGAAAUCUUUAGCGAAUAAUAUUGAAACCGGAAUACAAGUAAGAACGUCUCCACCAUCAACGCAACGUUUAGCAGGCAAACCGUUUGCAUGCAAAGAAAUCCUAGAAGAGGACGUUUUACGUGAGCUGGAUCGACAUGUUGUUCCGAUGCUGGCCACUAGAACUUAUGAUAAACUUGUCAAAAAGAGGAUUGAAAUUAAAGGUCGGAAAUAUGGUAUCCAUGUAAAACGGUGCGGAGACUUGAUAAUCAGAAUAUUUGAUACUACACAGCAGGCUAAGUCAACACUACCUAAUGUAUCAUCAGAUGAAAUUGAGGAAAGUCCACCCUAUCAUGUUUCAACCAAUAAAUCUUUUGAAGUCCUAGAUAUUGUGGAAGAAAAAGUUGGACAUGAAAUAGUUAAUACAAAUGUUAAUACAGUCUCCACUGCGAAUAAUGUUGAAUCCAGAAUACGAGAAAAAACGCUUCCACCACCAAUACAAUGUUUAGCGGGCAAGCCAUUUGCAUGCAAAGAAAUCCUUGAUGAGGAGGUUUUACGUGAAUUGGAUCCACAUGUUGUUCACAUACUGGCCACUAGAAAAUAUCGUAAACUUGUCAAUAAGAGAGUUCAAAUUAACGGUCGAAAAUAUGGUAUCCAUGUAAAACGGUGCGGAGACUUGAUAAUCAGAUUAUUUGAUGCAACACAAGGGGCUAAUUCAACACUAUCUGACGUAUCAUCAGAUGAAACUGAUAAAAGCCUACCUGUAAAGCUCAAUCAGAUUUCAACGCAGAAAUCUAUUGAAAAUAUUCUGAAAAAAGAGGUUGGAUUUGAAAUGGAGCAAGAAAUUACUAUUAAUGCACUUUCAGCCGUGAGUAAUAUUGAAACAGGAUCACAAAUAAGAACGCCUCCACUACCAAUACAACGUUUAGCGGGCAAACCAUUUGCAUGCAAAGAAAUCCUAGAAGAGGAUGUUUUACGUGAAUUAGAACGACAUGUUGUUCCCAUGCUGGCCAACAAAACUUAUGGUAAACUUAUCAAAAAGAGGAUUGAAAUUAAAGGCAAAAAAUAUGGAAUCCAUGUAAAAAGGUGCGGGGACUUGAUAAUCAGAUUAUUUGAUUCUACACAACAGGCUAAAUCAACAGUAUCGAAUGCAUCAUCCGAUGAAUCAGGAGAAGAAAUUAAGAAAAGUUCACAUGUUAAGCCCAAUCAGGUUUUAACCAAGAAAUCUUCUGAAUCCAUAGAUAUUGUGAAAGGAAAAAUUGGGCAUGAAAUGCUACUAGAUGUAAAUAUUGAUGCAAUUUCCGCUGCGAAUAAUAUUGAAGAAAGAAUACCGGAAAGAGCGCCUCCACCACCAAUGCAAUGUAUAGCGGGCAAACCAUUUGCAUGCACGGAAGUCCUGGAAGAGGAAGUUCUACAUGAAUUGGAUCAACAUGUUGUUCAUAUAUUGUCUAAUAGAAAUUAUCGUAAACUUGUCAACAAGAGGUUUGAAAUUAAAGGUCGAAAAUAUGGUAUCCAUGUAAAACGGUGCGGAGACUUGAUUAUAAAAUUAUAUAAUGCGGCGAAGAAGGCUAAAGAUGCAGAGUUGGGAGCUUUGACGGAAUCAUCGGAUGAAAGCGAAGACGAAAAUAUGACAAGCUUAUCUGUUCAGUCCAAACACUUAUUGGCAGAGAAACAUCAGAAUGUAGAGAAGUCAUAACAGAUGAUUUGCAGUCACAAAUCAUUCGGGAAAAUAUGGUAUCAACAUCGGAUAUAUCCUCCGCAGAAAGCGAUAAUGACAUUAUACAAACAGAUUCUAAGAUCCCCAAGCAGUUGUUGGCUGGUCGGCCAUUUGUUUGCGAUGAAGUUUUAGAAGAAAAUGUCCGCCAGAUUUUGGAACGGCAUGUUGUUCAUAUGCUAGGAACCAGACUUUAUCGUAGACGCUGCGACAAAGUAGUUCGUAUAGACGAUAGAUCAUUUGGAAUACACGUAAAACGCAAUGGUGAUGUUAUAAUCAAGACCUCACUUCACAUUGUCUGAUAUUGAAUAUAUCAUUAGGCGAUUUAUACAUUAUUAAUCUGAAUUAGUACAUUUUGAUUAAGUAUUAUAGUUCUGAAAUCAAAGCAAAGUAGUAUCAAUAAAUUAUGCGUGUCUCUGUGGAAGGCAAUGAAAUUGCCUAUCUCUAUUACUUAGUGUUUAGUAUAUAUUUUAUUGUUUUAUAUAAAUAUGAAUUGAAUGUAAAUAAAUUAACAAAAAAAUCUUUA